AUGGCUGCGGCUGGGGUGGUGUUCAUCCACAAUGCACGCUCGGUGUUCAUCUUCGCAGCUCCGACUGCGGCCACGGCUGGCAACAGGUCAGAUGAUGAGCAUCGCCAGCAUCGCUUCAGCAGCUCAGAUGAGUCCGACAGCGAUGGCGAGUCUCCGCCGGGCACUGAUGACAAGCCAGAUAAGCACCAGAAGAAGCGAAAAAAAGACAAGAAGCUAAAGAAGAAGGACAAGAAGAAAGCGAAGAAGAAAGCCCGGAAGCAUGACAAUGUUGCAGAUGGCACGCGUCGGCGAUUGCGAUGGUCCCGUUCCUUCAAGGUGGAAGUCGACUUAGUCAUCGACGUCGGUAGCGGUGAUGAUAGCAGUGAUAUCAGUGACAAAGACGAGUCCGCGAAGGAGCGCAGCGUCUUGGUCAGCCUCGCGAACUCGCUAGUGGCUGACGUUUUGGUGAGCACUGCCAGGGAGAUCCUCAAAGCGGUGGAGAAGGAUGAGGGCUCCAGCUACCAGUUUUUCGUGUUGCUGGCGUGCGACAAGAACGAGAACGCGACGAUCAACGUAAGCAUCUAUGCGGAUUGCUUCGGGAAAAAGAGCACUGGACAGGCAACGGCCCGUGCUGUUGGGAGCCUGCAGCAGCAGCUCGUGAACAUGUUCUGGGACCGGCUCUUCCGCAUCAAGGAUGUUGGGUGCGUGAGGAAGCAGAUGGAGACGCUGCCAGUGUGUGCACUGGAGCUCCACAAGUUUCCCGAGGAGUACGAGCCGGACAGUGUGCCCAUGCGGAGCGAGGACAAGUACUGUGCGAUGGUCAUGUUCGAGAUCGAGAUUGUGCGAUGCAUGACGCUCCCCUUCGCAGAGGAUGGAUCCGGUGGAACCCAGCGAGACAACUUGCGGGCGAAGGCGUGUGUUAAGCACAAGGACAAGCUGGGCGAGAAGAUGCGAGGCUACUUGAGAGUUGGGCUGGCAAAGAAGCUUUGGUCCGCUGUGGCCGGUGCAUCCAAGAAAUGCUUGUCCAUGGAGAGCAUUCUGCAGCGGUGCACUGCGGCGACACAGACCGCUGCAAAGGCCAAGGACGCUAUCAUUGACAUCGCAGCUUUCUUGGAGUGGGCUAGCGACGCAGCAUUGGUGGACCAGCUGCUAGCUGUGAGAACGUGUUUGGAGAGUGCGGAAGAGAUGGUGGCUGAGGCAGAGGUGCCAGCAGACCUGCGUCAUGCUGACGGUGUGGUUGCUGGCCUCGUGAUCAAAUUCGGGAACGAUGCCGUGGAACUCUAUGCCGAGCUCGUGGUUUCCUCGGCCCCAGCUGCUGCUGCGGCAGCACAGGCUCGCCAGAACGUGAUGGACGGUCGACCGGUUUUCCUUGGCCUGUGGAAACUCAUGCGAUCGUACGCCACCGAUGCCAAGGCUUGGAUGGACGUCAACGAGAAUUUGGCCAAAUGCUACGCCUCGGCCACCAGCGAAGUGACGCAGCUCCUGACGAAUGCCGCCGCAGUCGAGCAUUCGUUGGAUGCAGGUCAUGGGUCGAAGCAGCAGCAGCAGGACACGCCGGAUGCUGCGAGCGACGUGGAGCAGGAGAAGGUCGAUGUGCCAGCAUGCCUGCAGAACCUUGCGAUGAAGAUGUUUAACACGGUCGCUUCAUUUGCAGAUCGACCUGCUACUUGGUUCAAGGCCUUGGUGCGGGCCCAGAAGCAUGGUGAGGUCCUGGAAUGGGAGGCGUCGGUUCGGGCCCAGCUUGGGUUCCAGGUGGAGAAGUUGGUGCGUGGCUUUGUGCUUGUGGAUGACUUCCUCGGCAAGAAGAAGAGUGUGCCCUUCUCAGACACGGCGUGGCGCUCGAAGGCUGCAGUGAGGGAGUCUGCAACGGCUAUUUCGGACUUGGGGGUUCUGGAAUCUGAGAACCCCGGAGAGAAUGAGCUGCCCGGCGUGAAAGAUGCCUUGGUGGCCUUGACGGCUCGUGCAACCGGAACGGUGGAGGGAUUGGUGCACGACAUGCGCAACAUGAAGGAUAGCAUCCGAACAGUCUAUGACGACACGUGCAAGGUGAUGAGCGAUGUGGACGGCAUGGAUGAUGACAGCAGCGACUUCCCCGAGACGCUGCGCGCUGUUGUGGACAAGUACAACCAGAGCGGCAGCCCCAUGCAGGAUGCCACAAAAGGUGCACUGGACCUCAAGAAGUUGGAAGAUGUUGCUGAGGCAUUCCAGACUUGGGCAAAAGACUUUCCGGAGUGCGUGGCGACCGGCAUCAAGCACUUGUCGGAGCAGCUGUCAAUGGCCCCCACAUCAGUGCAGGCCUUGUGUGGGAUCUACAACACCAUGGCGAUGGAGAUUGUUUUGAGGGCAUCGGGCACACCAGCGGAGGACGCAGCGGUCGCCCAGGAGAAUAUGGAGCAGGUGCAGAAGGAUGCAAACGGCAUCGGGAAAUUCAUGGCCGGCCAGCUGAUGCUUUCGAAGAAGGACGUCGCUGGCAAGAUUCAGUUUCGCUUGGAGAAGAUCAUUAAGUCUGGGAAGGACUGUGCUGUGGGCCUAUGGGCUGACCUAGGCAGCAGCUACAGUUUCGUGGUAGUGGCCCAUGAGACGGCAUGUGGGCCAGGGUGUGGCAGCACAUCGAACUGGGUUGUGCCACCGAUCACCGAUCUGAACGGUAGCAGUCGCACCUUGCAAGAGCAUGAAGCGCUUGACGAGAAAAAUACAGCAGCAUGGUAUCGUCGGUUCUCUGGGGAAGGCAAAAUACGGCAGGAUUUUGACACUCGCCGGAGGCAGUUGGGUUUGGACGACAUGGCGAUGUAUCGAAAGUUGACGACCAAUUCCAAGAUUUAUGAUUUUGGACGACACCAGCUCCUGCAACCUCCACACCUCAUGGCUGCGACCGGCCCUGAGCAUGGUUUCGAUGUAUCGAAGCUGGUGAUGGGGUGUGAUUUCCGCCGAUCCACCUACUCUCGAAUGUGCGGAAAUGCUAUGUCGGUUCCGGUCGUUGGUGCUGUGCUGCUGGCGGUACUGAUGACAACUGGAGUGCGCGACGAGUACACAUAUCCCCGGCUGCACUUUCGAUCCGCCUCAAGUGCUCUUGCAGACAAGGAAGUGCCUGAUGAUAUGGAGGAGGGCUCCCAGGAUUGUGUAUCCGAAGCCGACGCUGAAAGCGGCGAGCUGUGA